UUUUGUGUCUUCCAGAAUGGACACCUUCCCGAAGUGUUCUGUCUGUCAGCGGCAGUUUACCCUGAAAAGCCCCGCCCCUACCUACUGCCCUGUCUACACGCUGUGUGUGAGACGUGUGUGACAACUGCUGCUAGUGGCGUGAUAUCAUGCUCUACAUGUCACAGGGAGGUCAACCUCACGGAAGCAAGUCUCAGAAGGAUGAAGUUAGGCAACAAGAAAUAUUCCACCUGGCAAUCAAACAUUAUCCCACAAAGCUUCUCUGUACACAUGAAGAUGACGGAAACCAGGCUGUGUUUUGGUGUCAGGAGUGUGAGGAGUUACUCUGUGAAUUCUGCCAGAACAUGCACAACAGCUUCAGACACUCAAGAAACCACCCCUUGUACAACUUUGGGGGAUAUUGCCCCUCAAAAUCUAGUGUGUGAAACAAAUUGCAGAAUACACAAUCGUUAUCCUCUUGAUUUGUUUGACAAAAGAUGCAACACAUCUAUCUGUAGCCGAUGUUUGAGAGGAGAGCAUGCUGGUCACGAGGUGGAAGAUCUGGAUGAGGCAGCUUUAGGAGGUAAACAACGGAUUGAACAACACGUCAAAGAUCUAUCCUCGCUACUGUCUGAUCAGCAAACACAUCUUCAGAGCAUCAGACAAGACAUAAAGUUUACAGACGGGACACAGAACACACUGACGGAAACUAUUGCACUGACGUUCCAGUCGUUAAGGUCUCAACUUGACCAGAGGGAGAAAGAACUCCUGAUAGAUCUUGAAAGUCAGACAAAGGAAACCAAGGAAACUCUACAUGCUCUUCAAACCUCGUGUGAAACCGAACAUGUCAGAUGCAACGAUGUUUCAGGAUACAUUAGGAAGAGUCUUCUCUAUGCCUCGAAGUCGGCACUCCUGAAGCUUGAGAGUUCUGUUGAUAGGGUAACUCGGACCUACCUAGAAACUGCUUCACCUCAAACAUAUGAUGUUGCAACAGCUGUCUUCAACACCAACGGUCUGUCCAAACUGAAGUCAGAUAUGUCUGGAUUUGGUACCAUCACUGCUUUGAAAGAGGAAACAGCAAGAGACAGGACCGAUGACAAAGAAACACUGACCGAUGACAUUUUUGCGACCCUGACACAGAAACAUGAAAUGGAGCUUGCAGAACUGAAAUCGAACUUUGCUUCAGACAAAGAAAGACUUCAGCAGCUAACUGACAAGUUGAAUGCUGAAUCAAACAAUAUGAAACUGAUGCUAGCUGAGAAAGACAGAAGCUUACAGGCCGCUUCAGAAACUAUCAAUCGUCUACAAACAUUCCUGAAUAGAUAAUAUCGAAAUCUGUAUGAUUUGAUUCUCGGCAUCGUGACACGCUCUUGACAAAAUGUGGUGUAAAAAGUCAGUUCACUAAUUUACUACCGUGAGUGUCCACCAUUGAUAUUCUGGCCUUGACGUAAAGGUUGCUCCAUUUCAUCCCGAGCGUGCUCGAUAGAGAACAGGUCCGGAGAAACAGCUGAACAGGGAGUAUCGGAAUGUUCACUUUCUCGGGAAAUCUGUCACAACACGAGCGUCAUGUGGACGGGCAUUAUGGUGCUGCUGCGUGAAGUUACGUCUCUGUCCCUGAAUGGACGCUUGUAAAGUGAUCUCAGAACUGUCUGGCAGACCUGUCAGAUUGCCAAUAACAAUGACAAGUUGUGUCCGACCAUGAGAUGUGAUGCCUCCCAUACCAUAAAUGCUUCCACCACCAAACUGUCGACAUUGAACAACGCAGGCGUCAGCAUACCGUUCACCUAUCUGUCUGUACACCCUUGUCCUGAAAUCUGAGCUGUCUAGAUGAAAUUUCGACUCGUCAGGGGACAAUUCGCCAUCCCGAUCUUGUCUCCUGUACCGUAGAUGCUGUCUGCGCCUGACAAGACGUGCCUGUCGGUGACGUUGGAGACAAACUGGACGCAUUGCAGGCCUUCUUGAGG